AUGUCGCAGAAGAGUCAGGACUGUGAGCAGAAGCACGGGCUCCAGGAGCAGAGCGAGCCCCAGAGCCUGGAGGGGGUGCAGAGCCCAGGUGCUGAGGAUGGGGAGGCUGCCAUGGCCUCUACUGCCCCCUCUUCAUCCUGUGCUGAGAGUUCCCUGAUCCCAGGACUCCAGGAGGAGGGGACUCCUUUGGGGGCAGAGAGUACACCCCAGAAUCCCCAGGGUGCCUCCUCCUCCCCCCAAGGGGCCAUGUCAGCUGAGGGCACCAGCAGUCAGGAAGGGGCAGGUGCUAGUGCCCCCACCGUCAGGUCUUACAGACGGUACAGGCCCAGGAACAAGCUAGAAAACAUAGUGUGGCAUUUGGUCAAUUUUCUGGUCUCCAAGUAUCAGAAUGAGAAGCCUACCAAUAAAGAAGAGAUGGUGGACAAGGUCAUCAGAAGGUAUGAGAACAACUUCCCCAAGAUCUUCCGGAGAACUUUGAAGAUCAAGCAGAUGGUCUUUGGUGUGGAAGUGAAGGAAGUGAACCCCACCUCCCACACCUAUGUCCUGUACCCCUUGCUCGGGCUCACUUAUGACAAUAGCGUGAAGAGUCAAACCCAGAGCUUCCCCAAGAGCGGCCUUCUGAUCACAAUCCUGAGUACCAUCUUCCUGGAAGGCGGCCGUGCCAGUGAGCAGAAGAUCUGGGAGAUGCUAGAAGUGAUGGAGGUGCAUGCAGGGCAGGAGCAUUUUAUUUACGGGGAGCCCCGCAAGCUUAUUCAGGAAUGGAAGCAGGAUGAGUAUUUAAACACAGAACCAGUACCCAAUAGUCGGCCUCCGCCAGGAAUUCCUGUGGGGCAAGCGGGCCCGCAGAGAAACCAGCGAGUUCAAAGUCCUGAAGUUCCUAGCCAAGGUCAGUGGCACUAG